AUGCUAAUUUUCUCUAAGGUCACUGACUGUGUUUUUGGACUUUUUGAAACCUAUUGCGAUCGCCCUCCAGAUACCUUCACCUUACUUAGUCUCUUAUUUGUAUUUCAGACUGUGUUAGAUAGCUUUGGAGCUGCUUUAAGCUGUUCCUCCAUGGUGGACUUUGCUGAUGGUGUUCCGCAGUUUGCUGUUGCCUGCAAAGAUGCCGUCUACUUUUACAAUUGGGAUGGACGGGGUCCUUGUUUGGCCACCGACGGGGAGAAGCUGGCUUUGUCCGUGUUCAAAAAUUACCUCAUCCUUCUCAAAGGUUGCUCCGGUUUCUAUUUACCUGCCUCUGGCGCGCCAAUUCAAUCACAUCCUUCCAUCGAUCAAAGCAGUUUGGCUACAAAUACACUCGAGCCAACCGUUGUCCUAAUUCAUGACUGGCAGAACAAAUUCAUCGCUGGAGAAUUCGCGGUUCAGGGAGUUUGUGCCAUGUUCAUUGAAUGGGAUGGUAUCUAUCUUCUGUGUCAAGUUCCGCACACUGAACCUCAACAACAGUACCAUACACUUAUCUGUUUGAUAGAAAAAAGCACCCAUGAGAAAUUGGAGCUGUUGUUCUCGAAGAAAAGCUUCCAAUUGGCUAUUGACAUCGCAAAUUCACAACGCUUGGGACAAGAACAGCUUGCGCGCAUUUUCUCUCGUUAUGCGGACCAUUUAUACAAGCAAAAAGAUUACGACUCAGCGAUUCAAAUGUACACGAAGACAAUUGGAUUUCUUGAGGCGUCAUUCGUUAUCCAGCGGUUUCUGGAAGGUGGUCACAUCGUCCAGCUGGCCCGGUAUCUUGAAGCGUUGAGCAAAUCGGAGCUGGUUUCAAGUGAUCAUCUUAUUUUACUACUCAACUGCUAUGCCCGACUCCAGGACAACGACCGUAUUGAUCGUUUUGUGCUUCAAUCUUUUGAUCAUCGGCUUAACGUUCCCGCCGCAAUCCGUGUCUUACGUGAAACAGGAUUCCCGGCUGCUGCACUUCAGUUGGCUCGACGGACGACUCGUCUCACCGAAGAGAUUGGUAUUUCAAUUGAAGAUAUGCACGAGCCUUCACAAGCUCUUAAACGCAUUGCGCAGCUCCCGUUCGAUGAGUCACUGAAGGCUAUGUGCACAUACGGCCAUUUACUGAUUGGUUGCAUGCCAAAAGAAACUUUGGAAGUACUGGAUCGACUUUGCUCACAGCCAGACGCUUGCCGAAUUAAUGUGCACCACUUCCUGCAAAUUUUCAUCAAUCAUCGCGAUUGUUUGAUGCAGUUUCUUGAACACUACGUCAAUGCUGCAUCUCCUUCCAUCAAGGUGUCUGGUGUCGUGGAUGCACUGUUGGAACUUGUUCUUUAUGAACUGAGCAACUUGAGAAAGGAGACCUCAUCGAAACAUGCUGCCUCACGUGCCCGACUAUCUACCCUUGUAGUCAGCCUUCUCCGAAAUAAUCAGCUACCUUACGAUCCGAAGAAGGCUCUACUGCUGUGCCACCGGCGACAGUUUUUCGACGGGUGCAUUUAUUUAUGGGAACAGCUGAAGUUGUAUGACCAGCUCCUGAGGCAUUAUAUGAGCCUGGAUGCCACAACAGAAGUGCUUGGCACCUGCGAGCGUUUCGGCAAUGAGAUGCACAAAUUGUGGCUCCUAGCCCUGCGCUACUUCUCAUCCAAGCCUGAGUGUGCAAACGAAUUGCGACAAGUUGUUUCAGAGGUAGACCGACUCAAAUUGGCCUCUCCCCUGGGUGUGCUGCAGAUCCUAUGCGAACCCGAUGCGGAGCAUAGCUGUCACCUGAACACAGUUCGUGACUAUCUUUUACAACAUCUGGAAUCUGGCGCCAACCAAAUUUCAUCGAUGCGGGAUGAAGUGCAGCAGCUGCGCGCGGAAACAAUGCAUAAUCGGGAAGUGGUUCGGAGUUUGGGCAGUCAGGUCAAAGUUUUCCAACAGCAAAAGUGUGCCCUGUGUCGUCAAAGUCUCGAGCCACCUUCUGUCCACUUUCUUUGCGAUCAUUCAUAUCAUGUACUUUGCUUCGAGAACUACGCCUCCGGUGAUCACCAGUGUCCAGCAUGCACGCCGAAAAACAAAGGACUGUUGUCUGACACGGCCAUUGCUUUGUCCAUGAAUACACCGGGUAUCUCAGCUGACUGGAUUACGGCUCAGCUUCUGGCUUCGUUACAUACAAAGACCGGUGCCUCCGACACGGCGUCACAUGAAGCAGGAAAUACGUUUGCUGAAUCCACCCUUCCGUAUGCAACUAGAUGUGCACUCACCCAACCGACGCCUUUCAUCUCGGGUGAAUUGCCACAGCUUCAAAACUCCCCUCGUACCAUGCUCAAAAGCCAUAUGUCUACUGAUACAAGUUCCAUGAAGUCUGGAGAUUCUUCUUCUUCCCGCAUUCCUCCCAAGACCUCAUUGAUGUUAUCCCUAGACGUUCAGCCGACUGUGGCAAGUUCAGGUCCGAUGCGCUCAGUCUCCACAGGAUACUAUUCAACGGACACUGUUCCAUCUCACUCGAAACGUAUCGAACCUGCGUUGAAUGUUGGCCGUAACCCUUUUGGUGAUACUGACACUGAAGAGGAAGAGUCCGUUAACAUGACCGAAGUCCAGUUGGAUUCUGCGGACUCUGGCAUUCCUCCGAACCUGUCAACUCCGUUUGAUUGAUGUUUAUGCGGAACCAUUGUGACUUUUGCUUUCUCCUUUUCAUUGUUGAGCUGUUUUCGUGUCACUCGCCGGUGAUCUCAGCAAUUUUCAACAAUGUCACAAGAACCCUUCAUUACAUUUCCCGAUUUACCAUCACCCCCUUGCACCACAUUUACUGGUUAGCAUAUUUUGUACGGCACUGUUGAAGAGCGAUUUCGGAAGUCAUAUUUAGCCGGCCUGGGGCUUGGUGGAGUUGAAACAGUCAAGCACACAAGGACCAUUUCCCACGGAUUUUCUCUUUUGAUCAAUCACUACCUUUGAUUCUGUUUGUUCAAAACCUGUUGGAACGCACGAAUUCAAUCUUGCGAUUGCAUUCUUUGAGUGACUGUUUUUCGGUCCCAUUCCUUCCCGUCACUGGUAACGGGCUGUACGGCCGCUACCCACAUUACAUGCUCUCAUCUAUACAACACUGCCGGAAAUCCUCUGGAUUUCUGCGUUAUCUUUCCAUUUUCUUACUCAUUUUUGACACCUUUUCCUGACCUUUUUUGAUUGAGUUUGAUCUGACCUACCGUUGUGGAUAGUGGGAGAUCCUUCGGCUGAAAUAGAAAUAUCUCCUUUCGAUCUAGCACAGGCAACUUUGCAUACAUUGGUUGCCGUCUGCCCGAAUGUUUAGUGGUAUAUUAGAUGUCCACACUCUUAAGGGACUUUUUUAAUCGCCUGUUUUUGACUUUUGGUUCGGAGUGAAUAUUGUUCAUCGACAUCGAUAGCUCUACAGUGUGAUACCACGAUUGUUCCCUAGGCUCGUGCUAUAACUCCUCUGCUUUUCCACACACGAUAUCCUUGAGAAGAGAUAGUUGAUCCAUACGCGUUGUGGCCCAACUCCUAUGCCCCCCCCUAUUCCUGUCACUCGAGUUUUUGCG